CGGGUCGCCAUUGGCCAUGUGCUUCAUCAAGCCCAUUUCGCUGCUGUCUCAACUGCCCCAUCGACACCUCAAGACGUCUUUGGAGUUGCCCGGCGUUGCCCGGUGCCAUGGCGGCGCGAUUCCCGGGAACGUGGCUUUGUUUCAGCACUUGGCUGUUUCUGGGUGUUGCUGAUAAGAAAGCUGCAGAGGAACUACCGGAGAUGCUGGCGAAGAUUCGCUCCGGUGAAUUUGACAACAACUUCUUUGAUGGCGAUUGCCUCGUGAAGACGCCAACCAAUGAGAAAGAAGCUGCCGCAGGGUGCAUUCUGGACAAGGUUGGUGCGAUAGUCAUGGAACAAGGAGUUCAAGACUUCGUGAAUGACUUGCAGGUUGACUUGGCUGCUUGCUGCACCAAGGACGCAGACGACUGUUUGACUGAUUUGGGUCCAGCAUAUUCAAUGCUGACGACCGUCAACAACCACAAGGCCGCUGCAGACUCAGUGGCUUCUGCAGUGGCGUUCCACCUGCUGCGUGCAGUUGAGAAGCGGAUCUCGCAAAACAUGAUCCGGGCCAGCCAUGCACAUUACUGGGGGAGAUGCCCAAUGCUCAAAGACUGCAACCUGGAGGCCCUCCAGAAAGGCUCAAAGGAGCUGUGAGAAGGCAAGACGCGAGGUGAAAAGCGCCCGACAGAUGACAUUGGCCUUCUUCCACUGAGUGGGUC